CAGGCCUAGGUGGUGCAGAAUGACCUUAAAUGUCGAUCUAAACUUAACGUAUGUCUGUGUUCUGUGGAAGCAAAUCUGGAUUCGACAUAUUUGUGUUUGACUGUCGUGGCCUGUGCUCGAACUAUGACAUUAACUCUGAACGACAGCAGUGAAAACUAAUCCUGUCAUGCAAUGAGUCACCGGUAAGUUGGUUCAACAAACACCGUAACGAUGUCGGGAAGCAGGGCGCCGUCAUGUACGCUGUGUUUUCAGGACCAACACGACGGAGACAUCCUCGUCCACGAGGUCCACGUUCCCACGUUGGGCGCCGCCAAGUUCACGUACUACUGCUGUCUUCAGUGGAACGGUGGCCAAGAUGGCGGCGGGUACUGCGGGAUCCAAGACCACCCGGAUGGAAAAUGUUACAUCUUCUCGUUGUGGGAUCCACAGACGUGCAAAGAGCCCAUCGUCCCCGUGUUCAAAGGACCUGGCACAGUGACGCAGACUUUUGAUGGUGAAGGGACUGGUUUGAAGUCCAUGAAUUUCGAUCUGGGCUGGGAAACGGACAAGUGGUACACCAUAGUUGUACGGAGAUGGGAUGUGGAUGGGAAGUCGACGUAUUUUGGCUUCUGGGUGGAAGACCAGGAUGCACAGAAGUGGACACACCUCGUCACGAUGAGGUUUCCGGUUCCAGACAUCCGGUUCAGACCCUCAACUGCUUGUUUUAUAGAGGACUGGCACGGGAACGGGAAAAACAUUAGACGUGUUUUGUUAAGAAACGGAUUUAAACGAUAUCUUGAUCAGACGUGGAGCCAAUUUUCGGCUGCCAAAUUCUCGGUUACUCAAGAGGAUGCGUGUAAACACUUCAAUGAAAAUUAUGAUGCUGGAUGUGAGGAUAAUAGUUUUUACAUGCAGACUGGGUGUUUAACCAUACCCAAGUCAGAUCUUAAGGAAUGCCCGCACCUUUCUCGAAUAUCGUCUGCUCACCCCGAGCGACCGGAAAUGAAGUUUGAAAUAACCAAAGCAACCCGCGAGAAGGUGGAAUGGGAAGUAUUGCCGUCUUCUCCCCCUCAGUUCCGUUACACGGUGAUGGGGCCAAACGCUGUAGACUCGGAAACGCGAGCGUGUGAUUUGUGUUCACCGGGGUCAGAGGUCACUGUGACACUGGAGGACAUUUUUGGCAGGCAUGUGUCCAGAACUGCUCAGAUCUCUUAAAGAAGACUUGUGUAAUAAAAACAGCCAUGUUUGAUCUAAUCUGACGUGGAAAACAUUUUAAAGUGACAUCUUGUGUUUGUAGAAUGAAGCAGCAGGAUUUGCAAUUUGAGGACUAUGUUCAUGUGGAUGGCCGACUUCAUAAAGCCGGUUUCUUAGCUUUGAGUCCAGAACCACAAGCGAAAACUGCCAUUUGUCCGGCCGUCGUAUUUGUGGUUUUUGAACUACUUUUGUAUUCAUGUAUUACUAGUGCUAUCUUUAUUUACUAAUGAUUCAACUUUUGUUAACAGAAAUUGUAACUAAAACUUUUAAAGACAUAAUAUACUAACAUACAUUUUGGUUAUGGAUAUUUUGUGCAAUCGAGCGUUUUGUAACGA